AAAAAACAAAACAAAUUUCACGAAUUUUUGUGUUCGGCACGAGAAGGGUCAGGAGCAAGCGACGGGGAAAGCAAGUGGAUUCGAUUCUCGAUUUACCCUUAACUCUUCUUCUAUAAUUUCCAAAAGGAAGAAGAAGAAGAAGAAGAAGAAGAAGAAGAAGAAUUGAUUUUGUAGUUUAUAAAAACUUUCAAUUUUGGAAUCGAUCGGAUUCGAAGAUAUGGGGGAUUCAGCAAGUGAGAACUUGCAGAACAAGACAGCAGAAGAGGUUUCUAGAGUUGUUGAGUUAGCCAAGGAAUUACAAGAUUCGGCUUCUUCUCUGAUCGCAAAGGCUUCCAAUGAAGAACAAGCUUUACGCUUACGAGUUGUUGCUCUUGAUUCUAGUAUUCAGAAACUCAGGUCUUCGAUCGAUUCCACCGUCAAAAAAUCCACUUUAGAUCGCAAGGAAGCUGAGAAGUUGGAUGAAGAACUAUACAGAGCCAAAUGCAUUCUAACCGAUGGAGACGCAUCUUCGUACCUUCCAAACAAAUAUGAUGGUACUUUUCUGAAGAUGUUUCUUGGUCCUAUCAACGUACGAGCUAAUAGGAAAGAUAUCCAAUUGAAAGUAAAAGAGGAGUACAACAGUUACAGGGAUAGAACUGCUUUGCUGUUUCUUAUUUUCCCAUCAGCACUACUUUACUUGGGGUCCAAGUUAUGGAAUGGAUGCUUGCCGGCAUUGCCAGUUCAGAUUUACCAGGCUUGGCUAUUGUUUCUCUACACAAGUUUGGCUUUGCGAGAGAAUAUAUUGAGAGCAAAUGGAAGUGAUAUUCGUCCAUGGUGGGUAUACCACCACUACUGUGCUAUGGCGAUGGCACUUAUCAGUCUCACGUGGGAGAUAAAAGGGCAACCUGACUGUGCCAACAAGCAGAAAGGUGUACAACUUUUCCUGAUAUGGGCUGUAAUGCAAGGUUUUGCUAUGAUUCUCCAAAAUAGAUACCAACGGCAGAGACUGUACACUCGUAUUGCAUUGGGAAAGGCAAGGAGGAUGGACGUUGUGUGGGGAGAAACUGCCGGUGUAGAAGGUCAAUUGUGGCUGUUAUGCCCCCUACUCUUCAUUUUGCAGGGUUUUGAAGCAUAUGUUGGACUAUUGCUCCUAAGGACCGUUCGGGCUGGUGUUGUUUCUGAAUGGCAGGUAGCUGUUUGCGGGAUCCUUCUGGUUGUGAUGGCAGUUGGGAACUUCACAAACACAGUACAGACACUCAUGUCAAAGUCAAAGGUUAAAGCAAAAAUGAGGAGAACAAAGAGCAAGUUGGAACUAGAUCGGACUAAAGAGAUUGUGAGAUAAGGCAGAGAUUUUCUAAAGCCUGGAUGUUAUGCCAAGUUAUGCGGGAGAUAUUUAUUCUUGGGCUCUUGUUGAAAUGCAUCUUAGGUUUCUUGACAGGUCUGUUCAUCAUUCAGGCAUCAGGGAAGUGAAAGUUACGAGGGAUGCCUAAUUAGCUGAUGCUCGCUUGUGGUCUUUGUGGUCACUUUCUUUGGCAGGCUAAGAAUAUUCCAAAGUUUAAGAAUGAGUCUUUGAAGCUCGAAGUAAAUGUCAGCCAGUUUUGAGUUUUUAUUCAUGUUGGCUUGCAUAGCAAAUCUUGAUCUCUCCUUUUAAACAUAUAAUCUGUCCUUGGAAGAAGAGGGAUUGAUGAGAGUUAGGGCUUUUCAAUUUGUUACGGUUGAUUUUUUUGGUCUAGUUGGUUGUUUACUUAAUUCUCUGAUUUUUCUGUACCAUUCGAAGACACUUUUUAUUUAAAUUUCAAUACCCUGUUUUUGCAACA